AUGGUGUUGAAUAUGAGCAGCAGCAACAGCAACGAUUACGGCAGCAAGACGGGUGGAGGGACUGUGGCGGCGGCAGCGCAGAAGUGGCUUUUGCAGUGCGAUGCCGUGUUGAACACGUGUGCGAUACCCAUCAGCGCAGUGGCCGCCGUUCAAGCUCGUCGACGCGUGGCGGGCGAGGGCGCCACACAAAUUUUGAAGCUCUUGGAGGAGCUUCGGGGUGCACUCGGCUUCCCCGCGAAGGGGGUGAUGAAUAAUGGCAAUAGCAGCAGCGGUACUCACGCGGGGAAGGGCGCGGAUACCCUUUUGGUGAGUGCCAUUGCGGAGGGGUGCGGAAAUGCCUUUCGCGCGGAAUGCGGGUUGAUGGUGGAAGCGAAUGAAUUGCGACUUCCUGACGGCGAUCCGCUGUCCACAGCGAAGCCGACGGUGCCGGCGUCGGCAGAGGUGGUGAGUCGACGCCUGCAGCCUCUGCAGCGCGUUCUUGCAAGCACCAACGACAUGCGACAGACCCAGCAGUACUCCAAGCUUCUCGCUGCUGCAGGGAAAGGGGAUGCGCUGGCCGAGUCUUUGCCCACGCUCGUGAAGGGACUUCAGGCCGCCUUAGAAGAGAGUCUGCGUCUUCUUGAGCACGGCUACGCAACCUGCGCCCGCUCCACCGAUGACAUUGCGACGUGGGGGGAUUGGACGCAGACGCUGCUACGGGUGCUUGGAAACGCGUUGCGGGUGACCCCGCUGGAGCGCACGACGGAGGAACCCCAGGAACGCCUUCGCCGUGCCGCGUUUGACGUGAUGGAGAAGCAGCGGGAGCAGGAGGAUGCCGUCAUGGACGGGGACAUGGUGCGCUCUGAGCACCUGUACUUUGAGGCGACCGCGCUGCUGGAGGGGAUGCAUCCACUCUACGACGAACUUGAGCAGGUGAUUGAGAGGUACAAGAAGGAUGCGGGGGAGGAGCCGAUCCAGCAGCUGCGGACCCAGUCCACUGAACUCACCUCGAACCUUGCCCCAGCGAUGAUCAUGAAGGAGGAGAACCUGAAGCGGCGCUGCACCGCCGAUAUAGAGCGACUGGCGGAACGGCGGGAAGCGGUACGGUCGGCGCGCACUGCGCAGCGUGCGAGCUUCUCUGUCCAAAUGAUGGAAUGGGAGAAGUUGUUUGAAUUGAACCGGCAGCAGCAGGAUGCAUGUUUAAGGGCCAUCGAGGAGCUUGAGCUGCGCCUGCGCCAGCUCGCGGAGGAGCGCACGUUCCUCGUUGAGGACCAACUGGAGGCGAUCACGCAGGAGCGGCAGCGGGAGGAGGACGCGGUGGCGUUCAUGGCCUUCGCAGACAGGCAGGAGGCGGCUCUGCAGGGGACGCUGCUGCACGUGGAGCAGAGCCUCCACUGCACGCAGGGCAUCAGUGAGGCGGUGCGUUCGGGGUACAGGCACCUGAACCGCCACCUGCAGGACGUGGUGCUGAAGGGCGCUGAGAAUCGGCUGCUGGAGGUGCGCAAGGAGCGGCUGGAGCACUUCCGCAGCCUGUACCUCACUCUGGGUGAGCUGAAGUUCAAGAAGGAGCGGCACGUGGAGGAGCUGAAUAAGCGGAUUGAGUACUACCACGUCCAGCAGGAGCUCGCGAUGGACACGUUUAACCCCAAGGCGAAGGAGUUUAGCAAGGCAAAGAAGGACCUACUGAAGGUGAAGGAGGAGAUGGAGCAGCAGGUGCAGCUCAUCUCUCAGAAGGCGGCACAGCAGCUGGAGGAGUUUAAGCCGACGGAGAAGCUGCUGCUGGCGUCGGGGGUGCAGUUCCGUCACCCGGUGGACGACCUCGUGGAGAUGAACGCGGUGCGGACGCAGAAGCUCCUCGAGUACCACACACUUAUGUCAACCAUGAACGAGGCGGGAGGCGACAACGGCGGCAAUGGCGACAAUGCCAACCCCAGCAACGGCAAGGGUUAG